AAAAGACACAAAUUUCAACUGCUAUCAUUAUUCUCUUCAACUCAUUAUUUUUCAUAUUUAAAAAUUAAUUUUUUACCCACCAACCAUACCAAGUUCACAAGCAACUACCUGAUAACCAAGGCCACAAUAAACCUCCCUUCAUAAACAAAAACCAAAAAUUAAAAAUUAUAAACCUUUAAUUAAACCCCCCACUAAUCCCAAAUUAGUUUAUUAACCACUAAUUAUUAAUUCUUAAUUAUCUCAUUAUAUAAUAUCACCAUCACCACCUUCAAACAAGAAGAAGAAGAAGAAGAAGAAAGAGCAUCACAUACCUCAGUCCAAUGGCAGGCGAGUGGAAGAAGCUCACCACCACUCACUCCUCCUUCAAGCGCUCCGGCGUCCUCCCCGUCGCCGCCGUGGCCCUCCUCUGCACCGCCUCCUACCUUCUCGCCCUCUGGCAACACUCCUCCGGCUCCACCUCCACCUCAACCUCCACCCUCUUCUCCCUCUCCUGCAACCCUUCACCCUCUUCUUCUUCUUCUUCUCGGUCUUCGUCUCUCCGCACACUCGACUUCACCGCCCACCACGCGGCCGAUGACACCGCCUUGACAUCGCCGGAGACGAAGAAGUUCCCGGCUUGUGAUCCCAAAUACAGCGAGUACACUCCCUGCGAGGACCGUGACCGGAGUCUCAAGUUCGACCGAGACCGUCUCAUCUAUAGAGAACGCCACUGUCCGGCCAAAAAUGAGAUUUUGAAGUGUUUGAUUCCGGCACCGGCCGGCUACCGGAAUCCGUUCCCAUGGCCGGCUAGCCGUGGCACCGCCUGGUUCGCUAACGUCCCUCACAAGGAGCUCAGCGUGGAGAAGGCUGUGCAGAACUGGAUCCGUGUCGACGGUGAUAAGUUCCGGUUCCCCGGCGGCGGCACGAUGUUUCCCCGCGGCGCCGAUGCUUAUAUCGAUGACAUCGCCAAGCUUGUUCCUUUGAGUGAUGGGACUAUUAGGACCGUUGUUGAUACUGGUUGUGGGGUUGCGAGCUUCGGAGCGUACCUGUUGUCGAGGGACGUGCUGACGAUGUCGUUUGCACCGAGAGAUUCGCACGAGGCCCAGGUGCAGUUCGCGCUCGAGCGUGGUGUGCCGGCCAUGAUCGGCGUGCUCGCCUCCAAACGGUUGCCGUAUCCCGCCCGCGCGUUUGACAUGGCGCACUGCUCACGCUGUCUCAUUCCAUGGCAACUUUAUGAUGGCCUUUUUUUGAAGGAAAUCGAUAGAAUUCUCCGACCAGGAGGCUACUGGAUCCUCUCCGGCCCCCCAAUCCACUGGAAAAAGCACUGGAGAGGAUGGGAACGCACACAGGACGACCUCAACGCCGAGCAAACCGCCAUUGAAUCAAUCGCAAGAAGCUUAUGCUGGAAAAAAAUCGAAGAAAAGGAUGACAUCGCCGUCUGGCAAAAACCAACAACCCACCUCCACUGCGCCGCCGCCACCGCCGCCACCUGUCCCUCCUCCAACCCCGACGCCGCCUGGUACACCACCAUGGACUCUUGCCUCACUCCUCUCCCCACCUCCGCCACCGAUCUCAAACCCUGGCCUGCGAGGCUCCACGCGAUUCCCCCAAGGAUCAUCGCCGGCACCAUCACCGGCAUCACACCCGAGAUCUUCACCUCCGAUUCAGAGCUCUGGAAAAAGAGAGUCAACUACUACAAGACGAUCAACAGCCAAUUAGGGAACAAGGGACGAUACCGGAACUUGCUGGACAUGAACGCGAAGCUCGGCGGGUUUGCGGCGGCGAUGAUCGGCGAUCCAGUGUGGGUGAUGAACGUCAUCCCGACGGUGACGGAGGUGGACACUCUCGGCGUCGUCUACGAGCGAGGACUCAUCGGAACCUACCAAAAUUGGUGCGAAGCCAUGUCGACGUAUCCGCGAACCUACGAUCUCCUCCACGCCGAUGCCAUUUUCACGCUAUAUCGAGAUCGAUGUGAAAUGGAAGACAUACUGCUGGAGAUGGACAGGAUUUUAAGGCCAGAAGGAUCAGUAAUAAUCAGAGAUGAUGUUGAUUUACUGGUAAAAUUAAAGAGCAUAACUGAUGGAAUGAGAUGGGAUAGUCAAAUUAUUGAUCAUGAAGAUGGUCCUCUCCAAAGAGAAAAAAUUCUCCUUGUUGUCAAAACUUACUGGACUUCCUCUUCAUCUGACAACAAUGGUCAAAACUUAUGAAGAUGCAUAACAUAUCAUGUGAAUUCCAUCUUUAUUUUCUCCACAAAAACAAAAUGUAAAAGAAAAAAAGAGAAAGAAAUGGUUGGGGGAUGGAGAAGGGGACCAAUGGAAUUUUUGGAUUCUUUGUUUUUUUUCUGCAAAUGGAGUUGAUCUGAAUGCAUAAAUGUCAAUUUUUCUUCUUUUA